CUGACCAUGUUAUCAACCAAAAAUAAAAUAUUUUAAACGGGGAACAGCAGCCGUUACUAAACUUAAAACGAAAUGGAAGAACAAUUACCAUUUACCAAAAAAAAAAAAAAAACCGAUGAGCUUAAUAAACAAAAAAAUUUCGGAGCCAACCACCACUGACCGACUACUUCCCCUCAAUCAACUAUAGAAUAGCUAUCAACUGCUUCAUAAGCUCUCGGCCCCAAAAAAAAAAAAACCGAAAUAAAUGAAAUAAAAAGCUUAAAAAAAAAACGAGUACAAAAGGCUGCAAAGAUUCUUAAUCUUCAGUUAUUAUGGACAUUUACAGUUUGGGCGUUACCAAAUGGAGCACCUAAAUCCAUCUCCUCCCUUGGUUUAGGUAACGCCAGCUAAUCAUUCCUAGGGUUUCCUUCCUUUUUGUUUAGCUUCUCUUUCGUUGUUUUCUUGUUUUAUUUACUUUUGUUUUGAGAUAAAAAGGGGGGUAAAAGAGAUAAAGAAUAGAGGUUUUAUGUGGGGAUUGGAAUGAGAAAUCAAUUGAAUUCGGAUUCCAUCUCCUCACUUGGUUUAGGUAACGCCAGCUAAUCAUUCCUAGGGUUUCCUUCCUUUUUGUUUAGCUUCUCUUUCGUUGUUUUCUUGUUUUAUUUACUUUUGUUUUGAGAUAAAAAGGGGGGUAAAAGAGAUAAAGAAUAGAGGUUUUAUGUGGGGAUUGGAAUGAGAAAUCAAUUGAAUUCGGAUCUGUUUGACCCGAGAACGGAGAUGGACUCUGACUAUUUGCGUGGGGCCUCUGCCUCCGAUGGUGAUUUCGGUUUCGCUUUCAACGAUAGUAAUUUCUCCGACCGACUUCUUCUGAUCGAGAUUAUGGGUGGCCCCCCCGGCUGCCGCCCUGAUGGAGAGGGUUGCACCAGUAUCGCCGAUUGGGCCCGCCACCGCAAAAGGCGCCGAGAGGAUAUCAAGAAGGAAAACGUUUUGGAUCUUAGUUUAUGUCCUGAGGAGCAGAUUUUAAAUGGCAACCAGCCUGAUAUGGAUGAUGGUGUGGGCUGUGAGAAUCAAGAUGAGGAAGCAGUGGCAAUGGUUGAAGAAACACUAUCAGGUGAUGAGGAUGCAAAUAGCAAUGAUUCAAACUGGAGCAUGGAUUGUUCUACAAUUCUGAGAGUUAAAACGUUGCAUAUUAGCUCUCCCAUUUUAGCUGCAAAAAGUCCAUUCUUCUACAAGCUUUUCUCAAAUGGGAUGAGGGAAUCAGAGCAACGACAUGUAACCUUAAGAAUCAAUGCCUCUGAGGAAGCUGCCCUCAUGGAGCUUUUGAAUUUUAUGUAUAGCAAUAACUUAUCUGUUACCACAGCUCCAGCUUUGCUUGAUGUGCUGAUGGCUGCUGAUAAAUUUGAGGUUGCCUCUUGCAUGAGAUAUUGCAGCCGGCUAUUGCGCAAUUUGCCUAUGACACCAGAGUCAGCUUUGCUUUAUUUGGAUCUUCCCUCAAGUGUAUUAAUGGCUGAAGCUGUCCAACCAUUGACUGAUGCUGCAAAGCAGUAUCUUGCUGCUCGUUACAAGGACAUGACUAAGUUCCAAGAAGAGGUAAUGACUUUGCCACUAGCUGGGAUUGAGGCAAUAUUGUUCAGUGAUGAUCUGCAAAUUGCAUCUGAAGAUGCUGUGUAUGACUUUGUAUUGAAGUGGGCCAGGGCUCAUUACCCAAAACUGGAAGACCGAAGGGAAGUGCUUGGUUCACGCCUCGCACGCUUUAUUCGCUUCCCUUAUAUGACCUGCCGGAAGCUUAAGAAGGUGUUAACUUGUAAUGAUUUUGAUCAUGAUGUUUCAUCAAAGCUUGUGCUUGAGGCCCUCUUUUUCAAGGCUGAAGCCCCGCAUAGACAGCGAAGCUUGGCUGCAGAGGAGUCUGCCACUUUGAGCCGUCGCUUUGUCGAGCGAGCUUAUAAGUAUCGACCUGUUAAGGUGGUGGAAUUUGAACUUCCCCGUCAGCAAUGUGUUGUGUACCUGGACUUGAAGAAGGAGGAGUGUGCAAAUUUGUUCCCAUCUGGUCGGGUUUAUUCUCAGGCGUUCCACCUGGGUGGACAAGGUUUCUUCCUGUCAGCCCAUUGCAACAUGGACCAGCAGAGCUCAUUCCAUUGCUUCGGGUUGUUUUUAGGUAUGCAGGAAAAGGGUUCCGUUAGUUUUACAGUGGACUAUGAAUUUGCAGCAAGGUCAAAGCCAACAGAGGAGUUUGUUAGCAAAUACAAAGGCAACUACACAUUCACUGGGGGCAAGGCAGUUGGCUACAGGAAUUUAUUUGCCAUACCUUGGACUUCUUUCAUGGCUGAAGACAGUCUUUACUUCAUAAAUGGUUUUCUCCAUCUUAGGGCUGAGUUAACCAUCAGGCACUAACCAUCUCCUGUUGAUGGAGUUUCUGUCCAUUUACUUUAGCUGCUCUAACUCUUGUUUAUUAUUUUCGUUGUUAUUUCACUUGAGCGGAGCAAAACUCAAGAUGUACUAAGUAGAACAAUGGGUUAGAUGCUUCUUGUUUUGGAGA